ACAAAAACAAUCAGUGCUGGCCGCCAUCUUGAAUUCAGUCUACUCACUGAAUGAGAGGGAAACGACUGGAGGAAGAUCGUUGGUCAAGGAGACCCAUGACAGCUGGAGGUUUUAAGCGAAAUACAGUCGAAAGCCUAAAUUAAUACCAAUCGAAAGGCAGCUGUUUUAAUCACUCUUGGCUACCGCGAAACGUUGUGCGCUUCGACAGUGAAGUUAUUUUGUAACCUAACGUUAGGUUUGAACUUGUCGCCCCGAUCGGGUCCUACCCGCAGUUAGCUUAACUUAUCCAGCUGGCUUCUUUCACACAACCAGGCUGGCGAAGGCAGCAACGUCACUCGUCGUUUUUUAGCAAAAUAUGUAUAAAAACAAGUAUUGUUUUUUUUACAUGCUGCAACGCGGUGGAUCUGUCAUGUUGGUUGUCUGACGUCUGGAGAAGAAUACAGUUGAAUAAGGAUCUUAAUUUGCGGUGUAUUUUUAAACCAUUGCUGACUGAUAAAGUUCAGCUUCCCGUGUGGAGAAGAGCCUUUGGAAAUCUGGACCGUACUUCUGACUUGGCAAACAUUAGCUGAAUGGAGGUUGUUUCAUCUUCAGCCUUUUUGGAUUUAACACUCGAAUAGAACGAUUUUGCUACAUAAUGGUCUGAGAGUAAAUAAACAGUGUUGCUUUACUGUAUCGCCACGAGUUGCUGUUUGGAAAGUUCAAAUGGCAUUGCUGCUGCUUGCUUGCUAAUGUAAAUGAUAUGAAUCGAUGCAGAAUUUGGUGAUAAUGCAAAUCCUAAAUAUGUCACCGCUCCCGGACUGUGCGAUGCCGUGUUUCUCUACCUCUAUAUUACUGCAAAUAAUCAGCAAUUAACUUUAAAAAAACAACCUUGAGCAGGCGGAGCUGCUUCGCUAUCCAAGCCAAGGCUAUUGAUCUUUGGUGUAGCCAACUAACGUUAGUUAUCUGCAAAGAUAAUUGCUAGUUAAGUUAUCUGAAGCGUUGUAGAUAGCUAAUAGUUAAAUUGCUAACAUUAAGUGUUAAAUGAUUUUCAGCACCAGCAGUAAGGUGAUAUGCUGGCUAAUAUGAAAGCUGGCUAAGUUAUCUAUCAACAAGCAAGCUUGCGGUAAUAUAUUUUUUUCUGAGCUACACUAUUAACUAUUAACACUAGCGAGUGCUAUCUAUUUCUGCCAAGUAUCCGCUGUGAUUUUUCACCGUUGGAUCCCUCCGAUGUUUAGCUUGCUAGCUGGCUUAUUCCUUCUCUAAAAACUGGGUUGGUAGCCAGAAAACAGUAUAUCUGACGAAGUUAGCUAGGCAGAUGCAAGUGAAGAACAUACAAGCCCAAUGACACGUUUUUCGAGUUCGGUACGAUAAAUAUAGGAGCCGGGAACGGGGCCUUUUCCAGCAAAGAUCUGGGAUUUUCCAGCGUUGAACUACAUGUCAGUUUUAUUUGCAAUGAGUUCGUUUGAUUUUUCUUCUUGACGGACAUUUAAAGCAAGCCAAAUUAACAGUAAGCUUGAAAGAAUGUGUCUAUUUCACAAAUUCAAGUAGCAAAAUACACACGGCACAAGAACUGAACACCAGCCCCUUGUUGAACUAAACGAAGCCGAAGGAUUUCCUAGAAAUAAAGGAUUUGUCACUGGAUUGACCAUGGGAACAGCAACCAAACUAGCCUUUGCCGUGUUCCUCAUUUCGUGUUCCUCAGGCGCCAUUUUGGGCCGGUCAGAGACGCAGGAGUGCAUGUACUACAACGCCAGCUGGGAGAAGGACCACACCAACCGCAGCGGGGUGGAGCGCUGCGCGGACGAGAAGGACAAGCGCCGCCACUGCUUCGCCACCUGGAAGAACGUGUCGGGCUCCGUGGAGGUGGUCAAGCAGGGCUGCUGGCUGGACGACAUCAACUGCUACGACAGCGGCGAGUGCGUGGAGAAGAAGGAGGAUCCGGACGUGUUCUUCUGCUGCUGCGAAGGGAACAAGUGCAACGAGAAGUUCUUCUACAGCCCCGACACGCAGCUGGUGCAGACAACCUCGAACCCGCCGAAGCCGCCGCUGUUCAGCACGCUGCUGUACUCCCUGGUGCCCAUCAUGGGCAUCGCCGCCGUCUUGCUCUUCUCCUUCUGGAUGUACCGCCACCACAAGCUGGCGUACCCGCCCGUCCUGGUGCCCACCCAGGACCCCGGCCCGACCCCGCCCUCUCCCAUCCUGGGGCAGAAGCCGCUGCAGCUGCUGGAGGUCAAAGCCAGGGGGCGCUUCGGCUGUGUGUGGAAAGCACAGCUGCUCAACGAGUACGUGGCUGUCAAGAUAUUCCCCAUUCAGGACAAGCAGUCGUGGCAGAACGAGUACGAGGUGUACUCCCUCAGCGGCAUGCAGCACGAGAACCUGCUCCACUUCAUCGGCGCCGAGAAGAGGGGCACCAACCUGGACGUGGAGCUGUGGCUCAUCACCGCGUACCACGAGAAGGGUUCGCUGACAGACUACCUGAAGGCCAACGUGGUGUCCUGGAACGAGCUGUGCCACAUCGCCCAGACCAUGGCGAGGGGGCUGGCCUACCUGCACGAGGACAUCCCGGGCCUGAAGGACGGCCACAAGCCUGCCGUCGCCCACAGGGACAUUAAGAGUAAGAACGUUCUGCUGAAGAGCAACCUGACGGCCUGCAUCGCGGACUUCGGCCUGGCUCUCAAGUUCGAGGCGGGGAAGACUGCCGGAGACACGCACGGGCAGGUCGGUACGAGGCGCUACAUGGCUCCUGAGGUGUUGGAGGGCGCCAUAAACUUCCAGCGAGACGCCUUCCUGAGGAUCGACAUGUACGCCAUCGGGCUGGUGCUCUGGGAGCUGGCCGCCCGCUGCACUGCGGCCGACGGCCCUGUGGAUGAGUACAUGCUGCCGUUUGAGGAGGAGGUGGGGCAGCACCCCUCCCUGGAGGACAUGCAGGAGGUGGUGGUGCAUAAGAAACUGCGGCCCCCGCUGAGAGAGUGCUGGCAGAAACAUGCUGGCUUGUCCAUGCUGUGUGAGACCAUAGAGGAGUGCUGGGAUCACGAGGCAGAAGCUCGCCUUUCGGCCGGCUGUGUGGAAGAGCGCAUCGUCCAGAUGCAGCGGCAGACCAACAUCAUCGCCCCGGAGGAGAUCGUCACCGUCGUCACCAUGGUGACCAACGUGGACUUCCCGCCCAAAGAGUCCAGCUUGUGAUGGCCUCUGCCAGUGGCAUCAGAAGUGCACUGACCACCGAGACAGGCCUGAUGAGCCUCUGAACCACUGCAUUUGUGUACAGAUGGUCCGGCCCGCUCCACAAAACUCACACACACCCCUGCGUUUGUGUACGGAUGGUCCGGCCCGCUACACAAAACUCAACACACACCCCUGCGUUUGUGUACAGAUGGUCCGGCUCAAUCCACAAAACUCAACACACACCCCUGAGUUUGUGUACAGAUGGUCCGGCCCGCUCCACAAAACUCAACACACACCCCUGCGUUUCUGUACAGAUGGUCCGGUCCACUCCACAAAACUCAACACACACCCCUGCAAUUGUGUACAGAUGGUCCGGCCCGCUCCACAAAACUCACACACACCCCUGCAUUUGUGUACGGAUAGUCCGGCCCGCUCCACAAAACUGAACACGCACCCCUGCAUUUGUGUACGGAUGGUCCGGCCCGCUCCACAAAACUCAACACGCACCCCUGUGUUUGUGUACAGAUGGUCCGGCCCGCUCUACAAAACUCAACACACACCCCUGUGAUUGUGUACAGAUGGUCCGGCCCGCUCCACAAAACUCAACACACACCCCUGAGUUUGUGUACAGAUGGUCCGGCCCGCUCCACAAAACUCAACACACACCCCUGCGUUUCUGUACAGAUGGUUCGGUCCACUCCACAAAACUCAGCACACACCCCCCUGCAUUUGUGUACAGAUGGUCCGGCCCGCUCCACAAAACUCACACACACCCCUGCAUUUGUGUACGGAUGGUCCGGCCCGCUCCACAAAACUCAACACACACCCCUGCAUUUGUGUACAGAUGGUCCGGCCCGCUCCACAAAACUUAACACGCACCCCUGCGUUUGUGUACAGAUGGUCCAGCCGCCCAUAUUCAGGAAUAUCAGCCUCAGACUGGUUCCUACCAGCACCAACUUAGCUACAUGCGUGCCUGAAGACAUUAGCCUGACACAGGCCCACAGUGGGAGAGACCAUACCACAGUCAUCCAGUCUGGAGUCUUCACCAUAGAAACGCGGAAUCGUCUGCUUGGCAACCGGUCAGCGUCGUUCGAGUCAAACUUUGGGCAGGCGAUUUUUUUUUCUCUUUGUAUCGAAAAAGAACUUCAUCAAACGGACUUCUGCUAGUUUUUCUAAGAAAAAGAAAAAUGGAGAAAAAAAGACCCACACCAUGCAUUUCAUUUCAGUAUAAAAAGGGCGACUUGUUUUUAAACGCAUUUGCUGUUUUCGUGUUUAUAUAAGUGACUAUUGUAAUGCCAAUAAGAAACAGCUUCUGAAUGUGGUGCAAUGCUGCUGUGUACCUCCAUCAACGGGGAAAAAAAACAAAACAUGUAAUCAAGGGUAUUUGAUGGGAUUCACCUCCAAGCAUUACUUUAAAUAACCAUAAACCUCCCUCAACAAGGAAAUACCUCAGUUCCACCUCUAACACUAAAAACAAUCCAAAACAUUCAGAUGAAACCUGUUCCGUCUCGGUGAAUUUUUUACACGACGGAAGAAAAAAAACAAAACGGAGAGAAAACGAGAGUCGGCGGCGUUUUUAACCGAGUAUGCCAAUAGCUAACGGCCAUGUGCGCGUCUGAAUCUUCUCCUCUAUUCCGCCUCUCCUGCUCGUGGCUUCUGUUCUAUCGUUUGCCCUGCUGUUUUAGAAGCAAUUCUUCUUGAAUCGUUUAAUUACUGCUGUUGUGUUUAUAAAAGUUUAUUGCUCUUACAAGUGUAGUUAGGAGAAACAAAACCCUGAAAAUCUGAACUGCAGAAACAUUUUAAAGCACUUCCCUCUGUAGAUUUGCUGUGUCUGUGUAAUAUUUAAAGAUAUGUGUACGCCUUUUUGCCAUUCGUUUUUUUUUUUUUUUUUUUGCCCCCCUCUGUGAGUUGAGGCUGAUAUCUCUCGCUCUCUUUCUCUCUCUCUCUCUCUCUCGGGUUAGCGUGCUGGUAUCAGUGUACCGAACACAUCUCAGGAAUCCAUUUCAGAUCCUCCCUUUCUGCUUUGAGCCACAAGUGACUUCUCUGUCUCCCUCUCUCCGUCUCUCUCUCUCUCUCUCUCUCUCUCUUGCUCUCUCUCUCAUCCUGGUGCCAUUAUCUCCUGCUGAGUGCUCAGUGUGGAUGCUGCAGCUCUGACCGGGACACAAAGCACACAAGUCUCAUCGUUAAGGGCCUCUGCUGGGUAGCGUGAGUCUCAUCGUUAGGAGCUUGGCUGGGUAGCGUGAGUCUCAUCGUUAGGAGCUUGGCUGGGUAGCGUGAGUCUCAAGGUUAGGAGCUUGGCUGGGUAGCGUGAGUCUCAUCAUUAGAAGCAUCGUUGGGUAGCGUGAGUCUCAUCAUUCGGUGCUUCGCUGGGUAGAGUGAGUCUCAUCGUUAGGAGCUUGGCUGGGUAGCGCGAGUCUCAUCGUUAGGAGCUUGGCUGGGUAGCGCGAGUCUCAUCGUUAGGAGCUUGGCUGAGUAGCGUGAGUCUCAUUGUUAGGAGCUCUGCUGGGUAGCAGGAGUCUCAUCAUUAGGAGCUUGGCUGGGUAGAGCCAGCUCCAGGCUAACCACGCAGCAGGAGCCGUUCCUAACGUCCCGGAGAGCCGUUUGGUAGGACUCUCCGAAUUCCAGGCCCCGCGACGUGCAGCCAGCACCACAGCCGCGCUAACCUUCACACCGGCUUUCCGCACAGACGCGUUUCUGUGCCGGCUUUCCUUUCUACACAGGAGCUGCAUCAGGGAUACAGUACUAUGCUUUACUAAAAGUACCGAUAUGCAAUCAGCAAAGGUUUAGUAACUUUUACACAAACUGUAGCAUUUCUGAACCAGUUUCAUUCGCUGGCUGACAGUCGCAGGCCGCAUGGUAACUGUAAGGGGUGGAGGGGGGGAGGGGGUGGAGGUCAGCAGUUUCCCCCCUCCCCAAGCCCCCCCCCCCCUCAUCGGCGCUCUUAAAGGCCGGCGGGGUGGGUCUGGCGGCUCACUCGUUGCUCCAGCACGUAGGCCCGGCUGCGCUCGAACCCGGGAACAGCAGCGCACGUCACCCCCAUCACCGUCCGUCCGUCCGUCCGUCUGUCCGCACCGUCGCACUCCCAGCGCGGAGGGGCGGGGCUAAGGCAGAUAUGCAAAUCUUACCGUGUGCACACCUGCCUCGUUUCAUCUCCUCUGUCGUCGUGCUAAAGAAACUGAAUGUAGCCGUGUGACCCGCCCACAGGUGGGUCGUUCGUAUCGUCUAGGUGUCCUUUGCCCCCCCUUCAGUUUUUUUUUUUUCCCCCUUUUUAAUACCAAGGCUUUUUGGACAAUCCCGUCCUGCACCUGUUGCUGUACAGAUAUUCUAUAUAUGCCCCCCCCCCCCCCCUAAAUAAAAUAUAUAUAUAUAUUAAUGGGGGGACCGGGGCAGUGCCCGGUGCUCUGGAAAGUAUGGAGCAGUUUUACAUAUUUGUGUACCGUGAGCUCCGUAAUGUUUGGGACAAAGAUGUUUUUGUUUUUUUAAACUGACUUCAAGCAGUUAUUGCAUGUAAUGGAUGUGCAACAAGUGACUACUUUCAUUUACAUAACUUUAACAUGUCCCGAACAUUAUGGUGCCCUGAAAAAAGGGACUAUGGAUAAAAAGUUCUGUAAUUUAUACAUGGUGGAACAGCUGUGUAUUUAAAAAAAUCCUUAAAUAAAUAAAUGCCCUUUAAUAAAAGCUGAGAAUGUGCACUUUAACCACAUUGUUUGAUUAUGAAUCUAAAAUUAAUGUACAGAGCCAAAUCAAGGGGGGAAAAGUCUUUGUCCCAAACAUUAUGGAGUUCACAGGAUAUUAUACAUAUAUAUAUAUAUAUAUAUUAUAUAUGUAAAACAGAUCCAUCAAUUCCAGAGCGCUGGGCACUGUCCUCUCCCCUCAUUAACAAAAGCCAAAUCCCCCCUCAAGUCAUUGGCUGCAGACUUCAUGGAAUGCACAUUAUGUAAAUAUGAAUGUCGUUUUUAGAUUGUGAAUUUAGCAUGAUGUUGUUUUGCCAUUUUAUAUCAUAACACAAAAAAAAAUUUAGAAAAAAAGAAAAUCCUUCAUAAAGUACUUAUUCCAAAAUAAAUUUUUUUACAUUUUGUAUAUCUCUAUUUUUAAUUGUACUAAUUUAUGUCAAAGUCCGCGGUCACCACGGUCACCCCUCGCUGCGGAUGGCACCCUGGAUCGACGUGUCGUUUACCUCGGCUAAAGCGCAACCCUUUCCCUGUUUGACCAGCAGUGGUUUUUUUUCCUUUUUUUUUCUUUCCCUUUUCCUUUUCUGAAAGCGGUUCAGUUUUGUGACACAUUACCUCUCGAUUAUGCCAGAAAGCUAACACUGCUAAACUGUGUUAGCUUUGAAUCUCUAUACCCAGCCAUGUUCUGUACAUCCUGGUCUCAAAGCUCCCUUCCUCCCCCUUCUGUAAAAACUUGCCAUUUUCUAUUGUUUUGCAAGUAUUUAAUAGUUGCAGAGGCCUGAUUGGAAGUGAUUGUUAAAUAUUGUACAGAGAAAUUGUAUGUUGCCCUCCCCUAUAAAAUAAAGUAUAGCUCUGAUUGGUCUCUACACUUCGCUGUUGUGGAGCAUCCAUAAUGCUCUGGUCACAUGGUCUGUGAUGUAAUUAGCUGUACAGUUAUUAUAUUUGACACAGAAGUACAGUAAACGUAUGCAUAAUUGUAUUUAUGACAAUCUGCCAUUUAAAAGUAUUAUUUUAACUUGUAUGCUGAUUAGCAUAGCCAGAAAUAAAACUACAUACUAGAAUCUUCUGAAAAUGUAACUAGCCCAAAGGCAUAUUUUAGUCCUUUUUCCAUUUUAAAAUAUCCUGUUGAGAGCGUUUCAUUAUAUUGACUGCUAUUCAACAGAAGCCUGUAUCCAUGGUAACAGUGAGUUUGAUAGUAAUACUUAUUCUGCUGUACAGGAUACAAAUAAAUGUGAACGUUUUUCAAGAACCAACUGGUGUACUGGUUAAACGUGUACUUGUACACGCACACACAAACUAUUCCCCCGACUCCGUCAUUCGUCCUGCGGAUAUUCACGUUGAGUGUUCAAGAUUAAACGUGAUUCCUGUGAUGCUUCCUGCAUGUGUAAAUGUGAAAUGGUAAUUCAAAAAAUUUCCACUAGAUGGUGAUAGCUUUCUGCGGUUUUUCCUUGCAGUUUCAAUAAUGCUAGUGAUUGUGCCGUGUAGUGGCUUCACGUACAUAAAAGAAUACGAUGCUCGGGUGAGUCAGCGCUUAUAUAUUAUUUUUAUUUAUUUGAUAACAAGCUACUCUGGCAUAUUGCAUUCACGGCAUGUUGAGAAUAGGAGGAUUCAGACAUGUAACAGAAAGUAAGUUUAUUAUGUUAGGGCUUAUCUGUCAAAUUACUUGGAAAUUAAUACUGGAUUUAAAAUAAAUUCUAAUCAAUCUAAGUAAGAGAGAAAAUGUGAUGCUUUAAAGAGCCAAAUAUAAAUGAUUAUAUUUCCAGACAGAGUUUAUAGUAGACUAGUUUUUAUAUCACAAUGUUUUCACAGCUACUAAGGGUGGAAAUUGUGUGGCUGGAAAUUUGUGGAAUUUUUUUUUUUUUUUUUUUUGGAAUAUAAAAAAAAAUUAAUUGGGGGAUGACCUUGACCUGCUGUGUCCAACUCUGUUAAGAUUGUCAGUGUGAAGCCCCAUUUAACGAUAGGCCAGUAUGUAUUUAAUUGGUUGCAUGGUUCAGCGCUGGUGAAUUCUGGCUUUUUAUUUUAUUUUAUUUCAUUUCAUUUGAAAGUAUGGUGACCAGUCAUUCUGAAUGUUCUCCAGAUGGUAUUGGCUCAGUGGCGAUACACAUUUACUGUAUUUAUGUAUUUCCUGUAGUUGUUCAGAGAUUCUUUUUUUAGAUAGAACUGUAACAACCUGAAAUAAAGAAAGUUAGAUAACUUUUGA